GUCACAUGGCGUGUGCGGCGCCAGCACGUGCCGGGGGUGAAGCGAGGACGUUUGGAAUGGCGAUGCAGUAUGCAACUAUUGAGAAGAAUGGGGAGCGAUACAUGUCACCUGAUGACUUUGUCAGAAGAUUUUUGAAUUUACAUAAUGGCAUGGAAUCUAAUCCUGAGACAGUGAAGUUACUUGUAGGUGCGGUGAAUCAGUCAAAAACUGGGCUGAUCUCCUUUCAAGAUUUCCUUGCAUUUGAAUCUACUUUACGUAAACCGGAUGCCUUAUUCAUUGUUGCUUUCCAGCUAUUUGACAAAAAUGGCCAAGGAGAAAUCAGCUUUGAUCACAUCAAGCAAAUAUUUAGCCAAACCAGUAUUCACCAGCGCAUCCCAUUUAACUGGAAUUCUGAAUUUGUGGAUCUGCACUUUGGAAAGGAUAGGAAACAUCAUCUUAACUACAAAGAAUUUUCUCAGUUUCUCCUGGAAUUACAGCAGGAACAUGCAAGGCAGGCUUUUAUGCAGAGGGAUACAAAUAAGAGCGGCAGCAUUUCUGUCAUGGAUUUCAAGGACAUCAUGGUCACUGUUCGCCCACACAUGCUGACUCAAUUUGUGGAACAAUCCUUAGUAACAGCAGCUGGAGGUUCUCCAAACCGUCAAGUCAGCUUCUCCUACUAUAAUGGUUUUAACUCUCUCCUUAACAACAUGGAGCUCAUUAUAGGAGUCUACCAUACUAUAGCUGGCUCCGGUAGAAUUAUGAAAGUUGGUAAAGAGGAAUUUACUCUUGCUGCACAAGAACUUGGUCAAGUGACACCUAUGGAAAUUGAUAUUUUAUUUCAGUUAUCAAGUCUCAAUAACUCAACUGGAUACAUCACAUUAGCAGACCUUAAAAGAAUAGCACCUCAUGGGGAAGGAAUCUUGCCGUAUUACCUGAGAGAAUCUACGCUGGCUGAAAGUGGCAGAAGUCAUUCUAUUCUGAUGGAUAUAGCAGAGUUAGCGUACAGAUUUACACUUGGUGGAAUUGCUGGAGCCACAGGUGCCACUUCUGUCUAUCCUGUUGACCUAGUGAAAACUCGAAUGCAAAACCAGCGUUCCACAGGAGCAUUUGUGGAAGAGAUUAUGUACCAUAACAGCUUUGAUUGCUUCAGAAAAGUGCUGCGAUAUGAAGGCAUCAUUGGACUUUAUAGAGGACUAAUACCACAAUUGAUGGGUGUUGCACCAGAGAAAGCUAUAAAACUUACUACAAAUGAUUUUGUAAGAGACAGGUUUAUUCGGAAAGAUGGCUCCGUUGCAAUUGCAGCAGAAAUACUUGCUGGUGGUUGUGCUGGUGCUUCACAAGUUAUCUUCACUAAUCCAUUGGAGAUUGUCAAAAUCAGGUUACAGGUGGCAGGCGAAAUCACCACAGGACCUCGUGUCAAUGCAUUCAGUGUCAUAAAGAAAUUGGGUUUCGCUGGGCUAUAUAAGGGUGCAAAGGCUUGUUUUUUGCGUGAUAUCCCAUUCUCUGCUAUCUACUUCCCUUGUUAUUCUCACUUAAAAUUGGCCUUUGCAAAUCAGAAUGGGCAGGUGCAAUCCAGAGAUCUGCUGUUGGCAGGAGCUUUGGCUGGGAUGCCUGCAGCUUCUCUAGUGACACCUGCUGAUGUUAUCAAAACAAGAUUACAGGUGGCUGCACGUGAAGGGCAAACUAAGUAUGAUGGAGUGGUGGACUGUUUUUGGAAAAUCCAGCGACAGGAGGGCCUGGGUGCUUUCUGGAAAGGAGUUGCAGCCCGUGUGUUCCGUUCCUCACCCCAGUUUGGUGUUACUUUGUGGACGUACGAAAUUUUGCAGAAGUGGUUCGCUGUUGAUUUUGGCACCAGAAAAUCUGGAAUGAAUUCACUACCACAUUCUAGAUUUAGUUUAACUGGCAGGAAUCCAGACUACAUCGGUGGCUACAAAUUAGUCAUUUCUACAUUUUCUGGAGUUGAACGCAAAUUUGGACUUUACCUACCACGAUUUUCACCAUCAAACCCACCAUGAUCCUGCGAUUCUAAAGCCAAACAAAAUGUUACGACUCUUGUGGCAAUCAAUAGUGAGAGAAAGAGGUAACAUAUCCUGGUUUACAGCCCUUUGAUGGCUAUCAACCUGAGAGAUGCUUUCACUUGUGUGAUUUGAAUGUAAGAAUAGUUACUAGGUACAGAAUGCAUAAUUACAUGAAUUGUUUGUUUUGUGAUUUAUUAAAAAAGCUUACUUUUACAUUUUGAUGUUUUAUGUAUAUUAAUGUACAUAGUGAACUGUUUGAA